UUUCCUUAUUUCUUCUCACAAUCUGCAUCACAAUGAAAUCAGGAUAAUGUCCAUGUAUGCCCCAAAAACAGGCUAAAUGCCAUGGGCUUUACUAUAACUACAGGGUUGUCAGUUCUAUUCCAGAUUAACACAAUGCAAUUUUUACACUAGGACAAGGUAGCCUAUUUAACUUGUCACAAUUCAUUAAAUAUCGAAACGGAUAUCUGGACAUUUAUGGAUAGUUAUGCAUGAUUCUUUUUUGGAGUUCUCUCGUCUGCAAUAGCACAGCGCCGCCUUGGUGGACCCCUUUCGAAUGCUAAACCCCGGAGCAGAAAGCAAAGGCACACGUAGGCUACUUCCUGGACCAACUGCAGAUAGUUAGACUAACAGUAACUGGAGUUAUACGGAACAGUUAUACAAGUAACGUUAUAUCAAAUGGACCUAAAGAAUCUACGAUAACACUGGACUGGAAUCAGGGCUAAACCCCGGAUGUUGUUUGUUUUGGUCUCCAGCGAUGUCUACACCAUCUUCUGAAAUGCUGGAAACACCACAUGGCUACCCCUUUGAAGAAAUUGAAUAUGGUGAUAUUGAAGUUGAAGAGGUGGUGGGACGGGGGGCAUUUGGAGUGGUCUGCAAAGCCAAAUGGAGAGGCAAAGACGUUGCCAUCAAGACCAUAGAAAGUGAAUCGGAACGAAAAGCUUUCAUAGUUGAGCUUCGCCAACUUUCUCGUGUAAAUCAUCCUAACAUUGUUAAGCUUUAUGGCUCCUGUAACAAUCCGGUCUGCCUUGUUAUGGAAUACGCUGAAGGAGGAUCUUUGUACAACGUGCUCCAUGGAGCUGAGCCACUGCCUUACUACACUGCCUCCCACGCUAUGAGCUGGUGUCUGCAGUGCUCACAAGGAGUGUCCUAUCUCCAUGGCAUGAAGCCAAAGGCCCUUAUUCACAGAGACCUGAAACCACCAAACUUACUGCUUGUCGCUGGGGGAACUGUCCUGAAGAUAUGCGACUUUGGCACCGCCUGCGACAUUCAGACCCACAUGACCAACAAUAAAGGGAGCGCCGCCUGGAUGGCGCCAGAGGUGUUCGAAGGCAGCAACUACAGUGAGAAAUGUGAUGUGUUCAGCUGGGGGAUCAUACUUUGGGAGGUGAUCACCCGUAAGAAGCCCUUUGAUGAGAUCGGUGGCCCAGCCUUCCGCAUCAUGUGGGCGGUGCACAACGGUACGAGGCCUCCCCUGAUCAAGAACCUCCCCAAACCCAUUGAGAGUUUGAUGACACGCUGUUGGUCCAAAGACCCGUCUCAGCGCCCGGCCAUGGAGGAGAUUGUGAAGAUCAUGACCCACCUGAUGAAGUACUUUCCAGGAUCUGAUGAACCCCUGCAGUACCCAUACCAGUAUUCAGAUGACGGACAGUGUAACUCAGCCACCAGCACAGGGUCCUACUUGGACUACACCUCCAACAGCAAUAAAAGUGAUGGAAACUUGGAGCAGGGGAGAAAUGACACCAUCAAGACCAUGGAGACCAAGUUUGCACCUCACUUCAAACCGAAGGGGGAGACGGUGCGCCCAGGUCUCCCUCUGUCCAGGGGAAGCAGUGUGGAGAGCCUGUCUGGACGGACGCUGGUCCUGGCCCCCUGCGAAGGCAAGCGAAUGAGCGCUGACUUGUCAGAGCUGGAGUACCGCGGCACGCUGGGACCUGCAGCACGACCCCCAUACAAACGGGGGCAUCGUAAAACAGCCUCGUUUGGCACCGUACCAGAGGUCCCCAAGUUCCUGUUCACAGGCAGCUGUGAGAGACGCAGAUCUGUGCAGGAUCUGCCAGGGCUCGGGACCGAAUCCAGUCAGGGGAGCAGGGGCAGCAGCAGGUCCUCCAGCCCGAGCGCCAGGAUGAUCACGGCAGACAAGGCUGGCCGCGGCUACAGCUUCUCCCCAGACGACCCCACGGAUACCGGUGGUUCAGACAACUCCAUUCCCAUGGCUUACCUGACACUGGACCACCAACUGCAGCCUCUUGCACCCUGUCCCAACUCCAAAGAGUCCAUGGCUGUGUUUGAACAGCACUGCAAAAUGGCACAGGAGUACCUGAAAGUACAGACGGAAAUAGCCUUGCUCUUCCAGAGAAAGAAGGAGCUGAUAGCCGAGCUGGACCGGGACGAGAAGGACCAGCAGAACACAUCCCGCCUGGUCCAGGAGCACAAGAAACUGACCGAGGAGAACAAGAGCCUGUCCACCUGCUUCCACGAGUGCAAGAAACGGCUGGAGCUGAUCCGCACCCAGCAGCAGAAGAGACAGGGCACCUCCUGAUGGAGGCGGGGCACCUCCUAACAAUGGGGGGAGGGGGGGG